AUGAAGGUGAUACACAACCGCCAGAACGUUAAAGUUAACUUCUAUCGAGGAUGGGAGGACUACAAAAAAGGCUUCGGGGAUCUCGACGGGAAUUUCUGGCUAGGUAAUGAAAUCAUACACCGGCUCACUGGUAUGGGGUAUACGGUUUUGAGAGUAGAGCUUGAAGCCUGGGACGGCUCAACCUGGUAUAUCGAGUAUGACACGUUCAGUCUUGCUAGCGAAGCAGACAAGUAUCGACUCCAGGCCACUGGCUCAUCCGGAAAUGUGUAUGACGCACUUAGCUACCACAACGGAUAUCAGUUCACGACAUUUGAUGCUGAUAAUGACGCCUGUAGCUACUGCAACUGCGCAGAAGGCCACCACGGGGCCUGGUGGUACCGGGCGUGUGUCGACUCGAGUCUUAACGGUCUGUACCAGGAAGACAAAGGAACUGAUAUACUAAACUCCAUGUUGUGGUACAAGGUUUUCGCAGGUAGAUUUCACGUCCCAAUGAAGAAGGCAAGAAUGAUGAUCAGGAAACCGUAGACCAAACCUCGCCGUACUUUGGUAUGUCAGGAUAUAACAUGCGGGUCUAUCAUGGUAUCGCUUUGUACACCAUCGUCCUAAUGUGUUAAUGGUUUACGUAUCGUUUAAGAUGUCACCUGUAUUGUUUAUAUUGUUUAUGUUGUACUUAAAUUGGUUAUGGAAAUUGUGUUACCCGAGGGUAUACAAAGUAGUUAUUUGUUGAAUACAAUUCC